UCCAAACAUUUUGGUGUCUAAAACUGGAUGAUCGGUUUCUACGGUAUUUCAAUGGCUGGCAAGACUUCAUUUCCUCCACCCUUCAUAUAGCCUUCCCUACCACACCAUUGUCUUCUAUAAGCAGCCCUUGGGUAAUUCCAAGGUGAGUUCAACAAUGGCGAACCUUCUAAGAGCCUCGGGCUGCGGCUUUUUUCUUUUCUUCGCUUUUCUUUUCUCUACUACAUUCUUCACAACUCCCUCUUCCGCCUUAACCGACACUGAGGUUUUCGUCAUCACGCGUCGCCAGCUCCUCACGCUCAAGGAAUUCGACGAUCUCCCCGAGGAUCACGAGCACAACGUCGAUGUUAAGUUGACAUUCGCUAACCCGAGGCUGAAGAACGCGUAUGUCGCUCUUCAGGCUUGGAAAAAGGCUAUGUAUUCUGAUCCGUAUAACACGACUAAGAAUUGGGUCGGGUCUAAUGUGUGCGCCUAUAACGGUGUGUUUUGCGCUCCUGCGCUGGAUGACCCGAAAUUGAACGUUGUGGCCGGUAUUGAUAUUAACUCGGCCGAUAUUGCGGGGUAUCUUCCACCGGAACUCGGGCUGUUGACAGAUCUUGCAUUGUUUCAUAUUAAUACCAACAGGUUUUGUGGAAUUGUGCCGGAGAGUUUCUGUAAGCUUAAACUUAUGCACGAGUUCGAUAUCAGUAACAAUCGGUUUGUUGCUGGUUUCCCUAAGGUUAUUCUAUGUUGGCCGGACGUGAAGUACGUCGACAUCAGAUUUAAUAAUUUUGAAGGAUGUUUACCUCCGGGGAUCUUUGAGAUGACACUCGACGCAUUGAUGCUCAAUAAUAACAGAUUUACUUGCAACAUUCCUGACACAAUUGGAAACUCCACAGUUUCUAUUGUGCUUUUCGCUAACAACAAUUUCACAGGGUGUAUUCCACACAGCAUUGGAAAGAUGUCGAACUUGAACGAGGUUCUUUUCAGUGAUAACAGCCUCAGCGGCUGUUUCCCAGCGGAGAUCGGACUUUUGACGAACGCAACUGUUCUUGAUUGCAGUAGCAAUAAGUUCGUCGGAAACUUGGCCGCGAGCUUCUCGGGAUUGAAAAGUGUGGAGGAAUUGAACCUUGCAAACAAUAGGCUGACAGGAUUUGUGGGAGAGGGUAUUUGUAGCUUGCCGAGCUUGACAAAUUUUACAUUCUCAUCUAAUUAUUUCAAGGGAGAGGCUAAAUCAUGUAUGGCACCAAUAAGGAAAGAUCUUAUUGUGGAUGAUAGAAAUAAUUGUUUGACUGACAGGCCAUUCCAGAAAUCUGCCAGGGCAUGUUAUCCGGUGUUGAAACGGACGGUGGAUUGUAGCAAGGACAAGUGUGCCGGUGGAGGCCAUUCACCUCCGUCGUCUCAUAAACCACCAUCACCUUCCACACCCUCAGUCCCUACACCAUCAACACCAACUGUGCCGACACCGUCGACGCCAUCCACCCCUUCAACACCCACCGUGCCAACACCAUCACCACCAUCAACACCCACUGAGCCAACACCAUCACCACCAUCAACACCCACUGAGCCAACACCAUCACCACCAUCAACACCCACUGUGCCAACACCAUCACCACCAUCAACACCCACUGUGCCAACACCAUCAACGCCAACACCAACACCAACACCACCAACACCUUCUACACCCACCGUACCAACACCAUCAACGCCUACAACACCAACAUCGUCACCGUCACCGUCACCAUCUCCUCCAGAAGAGGAAGAGCCAACUCCUGAAGCACCAUCUUCAGAGCCGUUUAAUCCUAGUCCAGGAGGAAAAGGAGAGUCACCAGCACCAACACCAUCACCUGAAUACAACUCACCUGAGCCAUCACCAUCACCUGAAUAUAACCCACCAGAGUCAUCACCGUCACCGUCACCUGAGUAUAACUCACCAGAAGAAUCACCAAGCCCAUCAUCAGAGCCAAGCUCACCUCUACCUUCACCAACACCUUCUUAUACACCUACAUAUCCUCCACCAACUCCUGAACAGUCUCCACCACCACCAACCCAAUCACCACCACCACCGACCCCAUCACCUCCUCCACCAGUACAAUCCCCACCUCCACCAGUCUACUCACCUCCACCACCAGUGAACUCUCCACCUCCUCCAGUAUACUCUCCCCCACCACCAGUAUACUCACCUCCACCACCUUCCCCACCUCCACCAGUCCAUUCCCCACCACCACCAUCUCCACCACCUCCAGUCCCCUCACCCCCACCACCAUCUCCUCCACCUCCAGUUCACUCUCCUCCUCCACCAGUCUACUCACCUCCACCACCUUCACCACCACCACCAGUUCACUCACCUCCACCACCUUCACCACCACCACCUUCCCCACCACCACCAGUACAUUCUCCACCUCCUCCAGUCCACUCUCCACCACCACCAGUACAUUCACCACCUCCACCAGUACAUUCCCCACCCCCACCAGUCCACUCUCCACCACCACCAGUACAUUCCCCACCACCACCAGUACAUUCUCCACCACCACCAGUCCGGUCACCACCACCACCAGUACAUUCCCCACCACCACCAGUACAUUCUCCACCACCACCAGUCCGGUCUCCACCACCACCAGUAUACUCAUCACCACCCCCGCCAGUGUACUCACCACCCCCACCAGUUCACUCACCGCCUCCACCAGUACACUCUCCACCACCACCCAAGGCAUCUCCUCCUCCUCCUACUCCUACUAUUGCACCUCCACCACCGGACGACUUCGUACUCCCACCAAACAUCGGAUUCCAAUACUCGUCGCCGCCUCCACCCAUGUUCCCAGGCUACUAAUUGAUAUAUCAUUAAUUUUUUUUGUAGUUCCGAAAAGUUAUAUAUACACAGCCAAAAACUCUCCUAUCAUUUGAUGAACUUCCUAACCAGGAAAUGUAAUGCUUUUUUUACAUUUGCCACUCUUUUAUAGAAUGGAAGUUCUUGCUUGUUAUUCGAUUUUUAUUAAUUAGACAUUUGUAUUUCAUUGCUCA